CAUCACCAAACUUUUUCCACCCUCCACCCACCCCAUCCAAAACCACACCACCAAAUCCCCAACUACCACCUCACCUCCCAAUCCCAAUCACAAUCACAAUCACAAUCACAAUCACAAUCACAAUCACAAUCGCAUUAACUACCACCAAAAAAAUAAUGAAAGUCCUCACACUCAACUUCCUCACCUGCGCCGUAAAAGCCUGCAAAACAACCAGCGCCUCCUUCCCCCUCGUACCCAAGGAAUGCGAGCUCGUCUCCGACACCAUCGCUCCCAACCCAACCCUGUUAACGAACCUACUCCCGCGCGUAGAUUGGCCCGCGUUGGGGAGUAUUGCCGUUGCUGUAUGUCCUCCAGUCCAAGUCCCACUUCCCACUUCACGGCGCGCAUCCAUCCAUCAGGACAGGAGCGUAAAGAAAAGAAAAGAAAAAGAAUAGAUAACUAACAACCCCCAGCUCGGUUUCCCAUCCCUCUCGCCCCUCCCCCCCACACCCGCCGACCUCGNAAAGAAAAAGAAUAGAUAACUAACAACCCCCAGCUCGGUUUCCCAUCCCUCUCGCCCCUCCCCCCCACACCCGCCGACCUCGAGAACGACACGAAGAUGAUGGCAGAUCUGCAUACCCUGCUCCUCGAGACCCAGAUCAGCGAGGGGAGCUUGGUAUGUGCGAAUUGUGGACAUGAGUAUAAAGUGAAAGAGGGGAUUGCGAAUUUUUUGUUGCCGAAUCACUUGGUGUGAUGGGGAUGAAUGAGAGAGAGUCGUCGGUUUGGGUAUGCGGGAUGCGUGCGAUCAAGGGGGAGAAUGAGAAUGAGAUUCCGUGAGGUGUGUGGUGGGAGAAUGGAGGGGAGUUGGAGGAGGGGGAUAUGGGGAGGAAGAGCAAUUGAUUGGGAUGAAAUUUUGAGAAGAACCUAGACUUUUCUAUGUGGAAAGCGGAGGUUCGUUCUCGUAGUUCCCGACUCUGUGAUCGAGAGACGUGGGUGGCUGCUUGAUUCUAGUGUGUAUGUACGUACUUGUUGGAGAUACCCGGCGUAUUAAGGAUGUGCUUUGGCGUCAAGGAUGGGAAAGAGAUAGAUGGUUGAUUUUGAACCACCGUAUGUAUUCAUUAGAAUACAAGAUACUAUCUUACGGAUAAAAAGUUUGAUUUGAGAUAAUAAACCUCCCCUAAUAAGAAAG